UUUAUUAUUAUCGUGUGAUGCGCGUUUUUUAUGGUACAACUUCGUAUGAAAGGAGUUUCAGAAAUUCCUUGUCUACAGUAGAUCUCGUUUACCCAUAACUGAGCUUCGUAUUGGUUUAGAAUUUCAUUUUCUUAUGGAUUGUCCAAGGGAAACAUUAAACAAUCAAACUCACAGACUAAUGGUAGUUACAAUUACAAAAUACUGGAUCUGUGCGACGAAACAGAACUGGCGAUUGAAUGGUUUAUGCCAUUUCCAAUUAAACGCCAUCCUCAUCUAAAAGCGUCGAUAAAUUCCCAAAAAUUAGUCAAAAUUCCAAUCGACAUACGAGUAAAAAAUGAUACCGCGAAAGUUUUCAACAGUAUUUGUGUCCAUGAGCAUUACACAAUUUCGGAUCCGCUUCCGAUAUUGAAAGAGUCAACAUCAUCAGAAUUAGAUUACUUGCAACGUGUAGAAAACAUAAACAAUACAUUAAAUGACGUAGAAAAUUCUGACGAGUAUCGUGAAAUUAAUAUAAUAAAAAAUGACAAUUUGGAAUUCUUGGAUCAUAAGAAUAAUGAAAUGCAAGGAAUGAAAGAAGUAGAGGUCCUCCUUCCUUUGAAGAUUGAAUCCAAAUUACAAAAAGAAAUGAAUCAUAAUGGAUUUUUAAGAGAUAAUUCUACGCGAAUCAUUUUAAAUUCUGUGUCCGGAAGUGUAUUAGAAAGGAAUGAGCUUAAUAAACUUUCAAGGAAAUCAAAUCAGUUAUCAUCGAAUAACGAAAACUCGUACAAUACAGAUUAUUAUAAAAUAGAUAAUCUGUCACAAUCAAGAUCAUUAAAUAAUACUAAACAAGAGCAGUAAAUAUUUGAAUAAAAUGCAUAUCUCUUGUAAGCAAUAAUGGAAUUUUUUCUUUAAAUU